AUGCAUCACGAGGGACUGCGCGAUACCCAAUUUGUCAAAAACUACCCAGAGGAUAGAGAGCGCGCUCGUGGUUUAGAGUGGGAUUCCAAGCUUCUCGACUUUGAAAUUCUGGAAAGCUCUCCUCCCAUGACCUUUGAAGCUGUCUUAGACUCUCUUGCUGGUUUUACAAAGUACAGCGAGGCUUGUGCGCACUUUCAAAAGCUUGCCGAAGCUGAGGGAGUUAAGUUCUAUUUCGGUCAAGAAGAAGGGAGGCUUAACUCGUUACGCGAGGGAUCUCUACCUAAUUCGACCCAUAAGCGAGCAAUAGAGUUGGGAACCAAGGAUGGUGCCGCUCAGAAAGCAGAUAUUCUCGCCAUCGCAUAUGAGGAAAUGAUAUAUUGUCGCUUAUUACAGUGCUUUCGUUUUAAUUCCUGUCACAUAGCCGGUUCAUUUUCGACCCUGCUCUUACAAGAUUUAUCCUACCAGUUCGAAUCAUCUGGGGGUAGUGUAGUCACAUUCAAGAUUUAUCAGUUCAUCUAUCGAGAAAUGUGCUUAUAG